GUGCCCUCAGUGCUGCUGUAUUGCAAAGGAUAGCAGAAUAUUACAUCCUGGGAGUUGCUUCUGCUUCAAAGAGUCAGGAAUGGCUGAUGUCUUCAAAGGCCUAAACCUCAUUGAGACUCUGAAGGAGUCAAUGGAGAGCAACAAGUUAUCUGAUGUGAAGGACGCCAUGGAAGAUCUCCUCAUCAGUAGGAUCAACCUAGCUGUUGUGGGGGACCGUGGAGAGGAAAAAUUCUCCUUCAUGAACUCCCUUCGUGGCCUUGGGCCAGAAGAAGAGGGUUCAGCCCCUUCUCAAUCUCCUGCUGCCCCGGAGGAAGUCGGUGGUUACCCGCAUCCUAAACACCCUGACUUCCGCCUCUGGGAUCUACCUCCUGUUCCCACCACGUCUCCAUUUGAACCAGAGGUAUACCUGAAUAGAUACAAGUUCCUUCGUUAUAAUGUUGUCUUUAUGACAUUUACACAAAUAAUCCAACCCAACAGCGUUGAUGUUUUCUUGGAGGCUCUUUCACUGCAGCAAAGAACAGUCUACUUUAUUCUCAUGGUUUCUGUAAAAGACACAGAUAAGAGCCUGGAAGAAAAGAAGAAAACCAAUCUGGAAGUACUGAAAUCACAGGGAGUGAAACAUCCUAAAAUCUACCUGGUUAGACCUUCCAAUCUUGAGAAAUUUGACUUUCCUGACCUCUUAGCUAGCAUGACCAACGACCUGCCCGAGAUCCGAGCUCACGCUCUUCUGCUGGCAUUACCGACACUCACACCAACAGUAGUCACUCUGAAAAAGGAGGCAUUUAAAGCCCUCAUAUGGGCAGCUGCCUCCCUAUCCGGUGGGAUGUCAGCCAUUCCCGUUCCCCUUGUGGCAUCUAUGGUGGACUCAAGCAUUGCUGUGCGGAUUUUGACAAAAGCCCAACUAUCUUUGUGCGUGGACGAUGAAUCGGUUGAGCAACUGGCCCGACAGCGACACCUGGAACCAGCAAGACUUAAAGAGUUGCGAACUUGUGUGUUGUCAGUGGAAGUGACUAAAGUGGAAGUAAAAAGAAGGCUUGCAGCAGCAGAGAAGGACUUGGCUGCAGUAUCUUCAAAGUUAGUUGAAAUGGCAUUGCCUAGACAUGCGCGUUCAGCCAGCCGCUCCUUCACUGCGAUGCUGCAAGCUUUAAAUGGUGCUAUUGAUGAAAUGGCUGCUGAUGCUGAGAAGAUAGUGGCAGCUGCUGUGGGAGUGGGGAAAUAAAGACAAAUACUUUUAUCUGUGUAUGCUCGUUUCUAUUUCUGUGUAGUUUAACAUGACUUUUAUUUUCCAAUUUGAUCAUUUACGUAUUGAAUAUAUCAAUUUUUUUG